AUGGCAUCCCGGUUGCCUACAGAGAUCUAUGCUAUGAUCAUCCAGUGCGUCGUCAACGACAGGCAUGGAAAAUCCCCUAAGGAGAUGAGAGCUCUUUGCGAGAAGCACCUCUAUACCCAUCCAGCAUCCCAGCGGCUAUCGGUCGGAAUCAAAGCACAGUGGCUUCUUUGCUUCUCUCUGGCCGUUGAGCCUCGCCGAGCUUAUGCUGUUCGGUCUCUGAAAUGCAAAUUCUGGCCAGAGUAUUACGACCACCAAGCAUGGGUAGAGACUCUUGGGCUCAGUCCCAAUCUGACUCAUCUUGAAUUAGUUUGGCUAGAUGAACCUCCCGAAGACUUUCGAGAGCAAAUGGGAAAUCUGCUUUCUGCUUGUCCUCGUGUUACUGAGUUCAAGUUUCAGGCGUGCUGGGGCCGUAGCAGCGGCGAUGAGCCUUCCACCGAGACUGCACAGCAAUUCACAAAAUUUGCUAAACAGCUUCGUCGGUUGCAAGUCCUGAGUUCAUUUGAGUGGCUCAAGGACAUGAUACUUCCCUACAAGUACCCGAAUCUCGAAUCUUUCACUGUUAACGGAGGAAACGAGCGACACCGAGAACGAGAUAUCUUUCGUCCGUUAUCUACCCAGAUGCCCUCUCUAAAAACACUGAACAUAGAGGGGGCUGAAGACGUCUCCCUACAAGAUCUGAGAGACGGAUGUAAAGUAUGGGGGAAAACACUACGGUCUUUUUACAUCAACCACUUUCCAGUUGAGAAUCGUCGCGAUGGCAUUCUCUCCCAUCUUCUACCACAUCUUACAGCACUGGAAGAGCUUGUUGUGGGCCCACAUUCGGACCUCCCUCUUUCAGAUAUCCAGGCUAUCGCUAAGCCGGUCACUCCACGCCUGAAAGCAUUCCGAUGGGUGGUUGAUGAUGGGAUAUUCGGAAAUGACCCUCUUGCAAACCCAGUGAAUGUGAAUAAAGCCACCAUUGACAUCUUCAAUGCUCACGCUUCGACACUUCACACCUUCAUCAUAGAGGAAUCAUUCGACUUUUGGAAUUUCGGGAUGGAUAUUUUUCAGCACCUUCAUAAGGCAGAGGGUUUGAAGAACCUUCGAGUACAGCUGCAUGACAGACCUACAGAAGAAGAGAUUGGAUGUCUUCUGAGAGCAUGUCCGAAGCUUGGAGAGUCAGAAACAGGACUGAUGGUGGUCAAAGAGUUUUUGACUGAGUGCACAUUGGCGACUAUGAAGUAUAAGGAGGACAACAUGGAGGAAAGUGAGAGCAGCUGGGGCCAUGUACCUCAGCCUAUUGGGGUGGUAAAAUGGUCCCAAACGUAUAGCAAACUGAGUUCUAAUUGUCUUGCGGAUCUAAGUCUCACCAAUAGCCUUAUCCCAAACUCAAUAGCAACAUAG